AUGGUCAGUCGUAAUAAGUUAAGAAAAAUUUUUAGUAAACAUCAACCAAUUUUUGGCGAUAAUACAAUAUUUAAAGUCAGGAAUAAUAUUUACAAUCUUAAUAAAGUACAUGCAGCAACAACAAAAACAAUCGAUAAUAAUUCCAAAGAUCCAUUAGAAACUACAACAACCAUAGCAGAAUACUCAAUCUCUCAGGAAAAAUAUAUUAGUAAUGACAAUAUUAAUGCAAUUGAACAAAAGGAUGAUGUCUCUGAUAUAUUUCAUCGUGCAGUAUAUCCCAUUAUAAUAAUUGCUCAAUGUUUUGGUGUAAUGCCUGUGAUGGGAGUGCGUCAUAAAAAUCCACGUCGAAUGCAGUUUUCCUUUAUUUCCAUGCAAUUGCUCGUUACUCUAAUCUAUUUUGGCACUACUAUAUUACUUCUAGUAUUCAUGGUUAGACAUCUCUGGUUUGUUGGUAUAGAUGCUAAAAAUAUUGGAGGUGUUAUAUUUUACAUAAGUGCAUUUUUAGCUUAUGUUCUAUUUAUGCUACUCGCUGCGAGGUGGCCAAAAUUAAUUAGAGUCUGGGCUCGUAGUGAAAUAACGUUUAACCAAAAGCCAUACGAGAUCUUGCCUAAAAACUUAGCGGCACGAAUAAGAACUGCUGCUACCAUCAUUAUUAUUUUAUCUGCUGUGGAACAUGGUCUAUCGGUGGCUUCAAAUGUUUUAAAUUAUACACGAAAAAUUGAGAUUUGUGCAGCUGCACUAAAUACAUCUGCUAAAAGUUCCUUUGAUGAUUUUAUUAAACAACAUUAUGUAUUUAUUUAUUCCAUGAUACCAUAUAAUAUAUACGGAGGAGCAUAUAUAAUGCUAAUACAUGGAGCAUGUACAUUUGUUUGGAACUACAUGGACCUCUUUAUUGUGAUGAUAAGCAAAGGCAUCGCUUAUCGAUUCGAACAAAUAACAACGCGCAUCAAUAAAUUGGCGGGCAAGGAGAUACCUGAGGACACUUUUGCUGAGAUACGUGAACAUUAUGUGAAAGUGUGCGAAUUGUUGGAUUAUGUAGACGAUAAUUUAUCGGGCAUUAUUCUGUUGUCCUGUGCAAAUAACUUGUAUUUUGUGUGCAAUCAAUUGUUGAAUGUUUUUAACAAGUUGCGUUGGCCUAUUAAUUAUAUUUAUUUCUGGUAUUCAUUGCUGUAUUUAAUUGGACGAACGGCUUAUGUUUUCCUUACAGCGGCAUCUAUUAAUGACGAGUCCAAAGCUGCGUUAGGUGUACUACGACGAGUUUCUAAGACGACAUGGUGUGUAGAGGUGGAGCGAUUAAUAUUUCAAAUGGCAACACAGACAGUAGCUCUGUCAGGCAAAAAGUUCUAUUAUUUAACACGGAAACUAUUGUUUGGGAUACUUAUACCUCAGAUACCUUUCACUGAAAAAGUUAAUGAAGUUAUGGAAAAAAUUCUAGAACUCCAGCGUGCGAGUAGUCACGAUUUCGAAGAUCAGUGA